CCAUACCGGGUUUGGGCAAAAGCGGCGCUGAUUUCAAUAGCGGGCGGCCGAAUAGUCCACCAACCAGCAAUCAUACAAUACAAAGUCUUAAAACUGGCAACAAUAAUGGCUUACGUCCACCAACAGCUAAACCGACCCACCCGAGCGGCAUACCGCCACCAAGUGGUUUACCAGCAGCCGCCAAUGUGGCAACUGCUGCGCACCCACAACAAAAGCACUCAAUGCUUGACAAACUGAAGUUAUUUAAUAAGGAAAAGCAACAGCAGCAGAACGCCGUCAAUGCUGCAACCACUAAAAUGCAGGCUCAAUCAAAGCGUACCUCAUCCUCGUCGGGUUUCUCCUCAGCACGUUCCGAGCGCUCAGACUCUUCGCUGAGCCUCAACGAUGGCCACAUAUCACAGAUCAAGCCACCAACUGUCAGCGUUACCUCCGGCAAGGGCAAGGUCAAUACAAAACAAUCAAAAUUAAUGGCCGCACAGUUGAAGAAAGAACAGACAAAAUCCAGUAAGCUCGACAAAAAGGAGAAAAGUCCAGCGCGUUCGCUAAAUAAGGAAGACAUGGGUGGCGAUAGCAAAAAUUCGACUUUGAGUCGCACGAAAAACUCACUGCCCCGCGUUAGCGAAAAGAACUCGGCGAAAUCUUCAUCGAAAGGCUCACUCAAUUCCAAGUCUGAUUCGAAAUCCUCGCUGAUAGUGCCGCCCACGAAAGGACUCUGCAGCCCAAAUGGUUCAAACACUGGUCUGCCCAAGCCGAUUGCUGCCAUCAAGGGCACUAGCAAGUUGCCGCAACCGCCUUUGGGUGUUGUUGUUGGCAGUGGUAGCGUUGAUAAUCGUGGACGUGGCAUGAGCAAUUCCAAUUCGCAGCAUGAAAUGCUGAAACGUGAAAAGAGUGACAUAUCAAGCAUGCAUACAAACAUAUCUGGCGAGACGACAAAAUCCAAGGAAACACAGCAGCACCAACCACAUAUCGUCAAACCGGUACCGAUAUUGCCGGAACCGGGCAGCAAGCCACCAUAUUACGCCAACACAGCAAACAUAUCACAGCAACAGCAGCAACACCUUCAGCUGCAACAGCAACGUCAACAACAAUAUCAACAACAGCAGCAAGCCUACUACAAUCAGCAACAGCAGCAGCAACAACAACAAGAGCAUGCUACAUACAUAAAUAACAGUCGCCUGCCGCCACCCAAAUCCGCUACUUCACCAUCCGCCAAUACACCUUCACGCAAGCUGGAAUACAAUGCCGGCCCCGGCAUACUCACUUCGCCGCAACGUUCUCCACUGCGCGGCCUACCGCAAUCGCCCGAUACGCCACACCAUCACCAACAUCCAAGUGCAUCCAAAUUCCAUACGAUACCUUCGAGAAUCGAUACCAUUUACGAGGAGAAGAGACCGACCAGUUUGCUGCCUAUGCCACCGCUGCUGCGUGGCUAUAAUUCGCAUGUUACGUUGCCCACACGCGGCCUACGUGGCGGUGGCGCUCACAAUUAUGUUGCUGACUUUAUUGAAACAGAAAUCAGUCAAGGUUACUGCAGCGACGGUGAUUCGUUAAGGGUUAGCGCUGCGGCGCGCUUGGCGCAACGCGCAGCCGCAACAGCGAGGCGAUACCAUGACAUAGAUAAUGGCUACCUGUCGGAGGGUAGUGGUAGUGUUGGACAUCAUGGUAUGGGUGUGGGUGGUGUUGGCGGCAUGAGUGCGGCGGCGCAUACGAAACAUUUCCUAAGCAUGAUGCGAGCGAGAACGCAGUUGCCGACAACCAUCGAAGAGCGCAUUCGUAACAGCCGUGGCAGUCUCGAUAGCAUCGGAACCGCACCACCUUCAUCUGCUGCCUCACAGGCCAGCUCGAGCGGUGGCUCAAAUCCAAAAAUGGACAGCGCCAGUGGCGGCGGUGCUGGCGGCGGCGGCGGCGGCGGCGGCGGCUCUGGCAAUACCAGCGCCAAUGCCAGCCCACAACAUCACACACAUCAGCAUUCGCAACAUGCGCACCAUUCCAAUGCCGGCGUUGUGGGCGUACAUCGCUCGAAUUCACGUAAUGGGCGUGAUAACUGGACAAAAAUGCCGGAGCCACUAAAUGGCCAUGGCCAUAACAAAGGCGAGAAAUCUGAAAAGUCAUCGCCUUCAAGGCGCAGCAUGGGCGGCGGUAGUGGCAGCUCUUCCAAGCAGGGUUCACCGUCCGGUCGGACAAAGGGUGUACCGCCCAGUUUUGGCUAUGUCAAGCGUGCCAAUGGCAGUGCUACUGCAACGGCAGAGCAACAAAAUAUAGCAAUGAUGGGCGCAGCAAUGAUGGGUGCCGGCGGUGGUGGUCUAGCAAAUGGUGGUUGUGGUGGUGCUGCCGGUUCGCCGGGUGGCAUGUGCGGUGGCAUGGGUCGUACAGCGCAUGUAUCAGCGGUGCCACGCACUGCCUCCACUGGUGGGGGUGGUGGUGCUGGCGGACGGAAGGUGUCGGGCGGUACGCAAACGCUGCCCAACGAUAUGUCAAAAGCUCCUCCCAGUGCUCAGCAUCGCAGCUUUUCUUUGACUGGUCCCGGCGCUACCCAGUUAAGCCAAUCGAUACGUGAACGUCUAGCUACUGGUUCUCAUAGUUUACCGAAACCGGGCACGGAUUUGCAUCUAUUUCAGCAUAGAAUAUCCAAUCGUCCUGGCAAAUUGAUCGAUGGCUCAUUGUCGGACACGCAAACUUAUGCCGAGGUAAAGCCCGAAUACAGCACAUAUGCCAUGUGGCUAAAGCAUAGCAAUACCGCUGGCAGUCGUCUCUCUGAGGGCGAUUCACUGGAGAAUAUGCAAAUUGGUUCACCAGCAAUGACACGCCAUAGUCACAAAAUGUUGCAACAUCGUAAUGCUGCCGCAGCAGUAGCAGCCGCAGCGGCAGCAGCAGCGGCGGCGAGUGUAAUGCCACAGGGAGGAGGCGGUGGCGCUGCAGGCAUGGGCGGUGCGGGCAGUGAGUCGCCGUAUGUGCAGAGUCCACGACUGAAUCGGAGCAAUAGCAUAAGCUACUUGAAAGAAAGGACAUAUCCAAGAUCCACAAAGUCGGAGAAAAUGUAUCCUUCGAUGUUGAGUCGCGGUCCCGAUGUCGAAAUCGAACCCUACUAUUGCCUCCCAGUAGGCACAAUAACCGCACAAAAUGGUUCAUUAUCAGCGCAAAUGGCCGCUGUUGCCGCGGCAGCAAUGUCACAGGUGACUGGACAGCCAACGGCUGGCGCCACAGGCGCCACAGGCGCACCAGUAGCCUGGAGUCAACCGACCUCGCCAACACCAAUCAGCCGUGGUUUUGGUGCCACGCUCUCGCCGACACAUCCAACUGGCAUGCCAGGCAUUAUGGGCUUAGUGGGUGCGCCGGGAAGCGCUAGUAGCAGCAGCAAUACAGCGGGUCAUCGUCUCACAUAUCCAAAGAAGAAUGAUGAAGUGCACGGCAGUGCCGCAUCACUGCUCUCUGGCGGUAGCUCACUGUAUGGUUCAGCAGAGGAGCGACAAGCCAACGAAAUACGUCGUUUGAAGCGUGAAUUAUUGGAUGCGCGUGAACAGGUGCUGAGCUUGAGCAGUCAACUGUCAACAAAUGCUCAUGUGGUCGCCGCUUUCGAGCAAUCGCUCUCCAACAUGACGUCACGCCUACAGCAGCUGACCGCAACCGCCGAGCGCAAGGAUGGCGAGCUGACCGACAUGCGUCAAACAAUCGAAUUGCUGCGCAAGCAAUCUAUUCAGGCGGGUCUUACAUCGGCGCAUAUGCAAAGCAUGGGCGUGCAGACACAGCAGAACGAGCAACAACUACUUGCGCGCACGGCUAUCACACAGCAACCGGUGUCGAAUCAGAAUGGUGCCAGCAACGGUACCGCCUCAUCGACGCCUUCAUCUACAGCUGCUGGUGGUGGUGUUAUGCAACGACAUCACAGCUCUGAUUCGAUGUGCUCGCUAAAUUCGAUUAGUUCCGGCUGUUCGGCGCAGGAUAAGAAGCAAAAGAAGAAGGGUUGGCUACGCAGUUCCUUCACCAAAGCAUUCUCGCGUAAUGCCAAAAUUUCGAAGACUAGUCGACACGCCGGGCAUCAUCAUAUGAGCGCGGGCAGCGGUAGCAACAGCAUUGGUGGUCAUGCAACACAUGGCAUGCAUGCAGAGAGUAGCGCUGUUUACAACAAAGCUAAUGGUCAUAGUUACGCAGAGCCUAUUGUGGGCUUGGCCGCCUUGGCAACACAACCUGCGCCACCAAUGCCCACAGCCAAUACAUCGCCCACCAAAGGUAGUCCAGCGAAGACUGUAAUGCUGAUAGACAAUGCGAAACCGAUUGAUGCAAUCGAUCACGACGAUCACCAGGUUGUAGAGGACCUCAAGAAGCAGCUGCGGGAAAAAGACUUGGUGUUAACCGAUAUACGCUUGGAGGCAUUGAGUUCUGCAUCACAGUUGGAGAGUCUGAAGGAUACCGUAAAUAAAAUGCGCGCUGAAAUGAUGUCGCUUAAACAGAAUAACGAGCGGUUGCAAAAGUUGGUAACCAGCCGUUCACUGGCGGGCUCUGAAGCGUCGUUGGGAAAUGCCAUAAGUCCGAGUGGUUCUAUAGGGGAAACGCGUCGUUAUUCGUUAGCGGAUGCCAAUGCGCGUCCACCAAUGGAGUUGCCAAAGCGUUUGGAGGAAGAAGUCGAGGAGGAAAACAUUCCACCAGCACCCGCACCCGAACCACCACCACCACCACUUAGUCCCGCAACGCAUAUCGACCUUACACCACCGCCACCCGCACUCGACACAAUUCCUAGCCCCGCACAUAUUGCAGCCGCAGCGGUUGAGGAAUUGCCCGACGUCACCGAUGGCAAGAAAAUUGCUAUCGCCUGCUAUUUGGGACAGCCCGAGUCAUUUGUCAAAUACUGCGAGGAGAUGCUGGAGUCCGAUGAAUUUUAUGCAAAUGGCGUAGAUGCGGAUGGCAUCAGCGAACGCAAGUCGUUUCCCACGGCCAGUUUGAAUGAGUUUGUCGUCGCAUACACCUACAUUUCGGGCAAGACAACCUGGCAGAAUUUGGACUAUAUCGUGCGCAAAACUUUCAAAGAUUAUGUGUCGCGCAUUGAUCCAGGCACCAAUUUGGGUUUGAAUACAGACUCGAUUACAUCUUAUCACUUGGGUGAGGCGAAGCGUGGUCCGGAAAUGGGUUUCCCCGAAUUGCUGCCCUGCGGCUACAUCAUCGGCAAUGUACGCACACUAUAUAUUUGUCUGCAAGGGGUGGGCAGUCUAGCGUUUGACAGCCUCAUACCGCGCAGCAUCGUACACCGCUAUAUCAGUUUGCUAACCGAACACCGGCGACUAAUCUUGUGUGGACCCAGUGGUACAGGAAAAUCCUACUUGGCGCGAAGAUUGGCAGAGUUCUUGGUGGCGCGUUCCGGUCGCGGAAAUCCCUCCGAGGCGAUUGCAACGUUUAACGUUGACCACAAGUCUUCAAAGGAGCUGCGUCAAUAUCUCGGCCAUAUUGCCGAACAGGCAGCCAUUGCUAAUGGCGCUUCUGAACUGCCAUCUGUGAUCAUUCUGGAUAAUCUGCAUCACGCAUCAGCUUUGGGCGAUGUCUUCUCCUGCUUGCUGAGCGCUGGCCCAGCUGGAAAGCUGCCUUGCAUUAUUGGCACAAUGUCGCAAGCUACAUGCAAUACAACCAAUCUGCAGCUGCAUCAUAAUUUCCGAUGGGUACUCACUGCCAACCAUAUGGAGCCGGUUAAAGGCUUCCUCGGUCGUUUUCUGCGUCGUCGCUUAUUCCAACUCGAAUUGCAGACUGGUCAUCCUCAGCCUGAAUUAGCGACGGUGCUCGCUUGGUUGCCCACCGUUUGGCAGCAUAUAAAUCGCUUUUUGGAAGCGCACAGCUCUAGCGAUGUAACAAUCGGACCACGCCUUUUCCUCGCGUGUCCGUUAGAUUUGAAAGACUCCCAAGUAUGGUUCACCGACAUCUGGAAUUAUCACCUUUCACCUUAUUUGGUGGAGGCUGUACGCGAAGGGGUGCAAUUAUAUGGACGACGUGGUGGCGCAUGGAAUGAUCCAUCUAUUUUCAUACGCAACUCCUAUCCAUGGCCAUAUGGUCCCGAUUCGGUGCCACCAUUGCGGCAAAUAAACGCCGAAGAUGUGGGAUUAGAGGGUGUGACGGUCAGCAAUGGCGACAAUCCAGAUCCACUAUUAAAUAUGCUCAUGCGUCUGCAGGAGGCUGCCAACUAUUCCGAAAAUCAGGAACAGGAGUCCGAUUGUGCGAGUUUAGACUCGAAUGUAACGCCAGACAGCUCGGCAGGGGCUGAGUAAAAAAUUUGGUUGGCUUGCGGUGGCGAGCUGUAAGCUCAAAGUAAAACUAAUCAAAUAUGUACUAGAAUUACCCAUCUAACUAUCUAACCAGGACAUAUUCGCUUCAACUCAAAUAUUCAUGUGCAUGGCUUUUUAUAUUUGUAAGUAUUUAUAUGUGCGUGCGUGUUUGUCCGUUUAUGUAGUAUGUGACAUUUUGUAAAAUAUUUAAAAAAAUCGUGACUUUUGUUUAGGAAAUAUAACAGUGAUUUUAGCCAUGAUUUAGGUAUUCAAGGAACAUAUUUUUUUUGUCUGCUUUUAUUUUAGAACUUUGAUAUUAGUAAAUUCCAGGCUCUUCUGGCAAAGAAGCGUGAACAUGAGUGAGGUUAUGCCACCUAUAUUUUUUAUAUCAGUUUAUACAUAUACAUACGUACAUACAUACAUAUGUGGUAGAGUUCAUAAAAAUUAUUUUUUUUUUUAGAAAUUUUCUGUAAAUCUAUUUAAACCUUAAUUUUUACUUCUCCGAAGAGUUGAAUAUAUGCAAUGCAAUUAUCUCCCUUGAAAUUAGAAAAAAAUUAGGUACUAACUACUUUUAGUCUAAGACUUUGAAAUUUGUUUUCGUAAGUUUAAAAUCUUACAUAUAUAAUUUUUUUACUCAUUUUUUAACUAAAAAUUUUGUUAUUUAAUUGUAAUUGUUUAUCUUGAAACUCCUUUUUAUUAAUGAUUCAAAAUUUUUUCUUUAUCUUGAUUUAUUUAAAAUUUGUUUGUUGAAUUUUAAGUUUAUUCAGAUUACCACAUUUUUCUGUUAUUGCACAAAUAAAAUUUCUUGCACUACUUUCGGCACUCAAUCGCACGAUUUAAAGAAAGCAGUUUUAUAUAAGAAAAUUUUAUUUGUCACGAAAACAAGGCAGCUCUUCAACAUCAGGGGUACUUCCUUAAACUCAAAAAGUCUAUAAAGCCGCAACGGACGUGCAUUUUUGUAAAUUGGUAAAAGAAAUAUCCUUUUGAGUCUUCCACUUUUCACAUUUAAGGAAAUCCUCUAAUUAUGAAGGUUAUCAGAACUACAUGAUUGUCAGCACUGUUUUUGAUUUGCCACAAUCGAAAGUUGUAACUUCAUACUUACGUACAUAUGUAUGUAUUAUAGAAAAGGGUAAAUUUUUAAAACAUUUUCUGUAAAAACAACUAUCAGUUCUGAUGUAAUGAAAAUUGCACUUUUAAACGCACUUGUUAAAAAUGCAAAUUUAUGCGAAGAAAAACAAAUAUUUUCUAAUGAUAAUAAAUUAUGCUGCCAUAUUUUCUUUUAUUAAUUUAUUUUACUAGAUAAUACUUUUUCGUAUUACGUAUUUUUAAUUUGAUUUUAACGAGCAGCUUAGGCUUGGUUAAAAAAAAAAAUCAGGGUUGCAACACUUGUUAACUAAGUACUAUGAAUAAGAAAAUCGAUAGUUAAACACUCUGCGCACGAUUAUUUUCAGAAUAAGUUAGAAGUCGUCUCCCAAGAGCAUAUGUAUGUAACUACAUUUGUUUGUAAAUAUGUAGGUAU